UCGUGUUAUUUGCCAAUUUGAUACAAAUGAGUUAUAAAUAUAUUCGAAUAUACUUUUGGAUUGUUUUAAUACUAUCGCUAGUGCUCUUAGUGCGUAGUUUUAUACUGUCAUUAUUCCGCCGAGGUGGUCACACUAAGCCAAACAGAUUAGAUUUUUGCUAAGCAACUAUUCGCAAGAUGGUUUGCGUUCCAUGCUUUAUCAUCCCAUUGCUGUUAUACAUCUGGCACAAGUUCGUGCAGCCGAUUCUACUGCGCUACUGGAAUCCAUGGGAGAAGAAGGAUGCCGAGGGUAACGUAGUCAAGGCCGGGCCAGAGUUUCCGUUCGAGUGCAAAGGUGGAGUCUGCCCAUUUGUGCCCGGCGGCAAGAAGGAGCUGCAGGCUGACGGGGAUCGAGCUAGGGCUGGAGCCGCUGCAGCGGCUACUGCUGCUACUACUGCAACUGAACAAUCAUCGUCGAAACCCGAAUCCGAAUCCGAAUCCAAGAAGAUCAUUUAAAUUGUUUCAUUUUUCUUUUGUCUUCCUGCUUUUUGCUUUGCUUGCUUUCGUGUGUGUGUGUGUGUGCGUGCGUACGCGCGCCCAUUCAAAGCUAACAUAUGAUUACACUGGUGGCACAUAUAGUAAGCACAGUGUGAAUUCCAAAUAAUAUACUUCAGACACUCGCACACAAAAGUAACUGUUCAAGAUACACA